GCAAAAAGAGAUUGCAAAACCUCUAAAGCACAAGCGAAUUAAAUCCAUCUAUUUUUAUUAAAUAAAAAAAGUGGUGUUUUGUUAAAUUUGGAAAGAAAAGUCUUAUAUUUAUAUCAGGUGUGAUAGAUUUUACUUAUUUAGUACUUUAAAAAUAUCAUAAAUUAUUAACACGUGCUUGUUGACUUGUGAUAAUAUAGUAGCAAAACAAGUCUUACUUUUCUUCUUCUUCAACCUGUGUUUCCUUCUCAUUACUCUCCUCAUAUUCUAAUGCUCUGUUUCGUUAGUAACUAAAAACCCUCUCCACUUAGCAAAUCUCUUGCCCCUUCGAUUGUUUAACUUACUUUCUUGUUUGGUUGAAGAAGAAGAAAAUUUCUGCAGCUUCUACAAGUAAGUCCAAUCCACUUUGGGUUGUCUUCCAACUUAUGGCAAGAAAAAGAGCUAAAACGGCAAUAUCAAUGGCUGAGGAAGAUGAUGGAUUUUCGAAACUACCUGAUGCAAUCAUCCAACACAUCUUGUCAUUUCUACCCACUGUGGAUGUCGUUCGUACAUGCCUACUAACAAAGCGUUGGAAGCUCAUGUGGUACUCAGUCCCCACACUCACUUUCUCUGAUGCUACAACUGAUUUUCAAUCGUCACAGGCCGUAGAAAAUUUCUACAAGUAUGUCGAUAAUUGUUUGAUAUGCCGCAAGAGAGGUAUGAAUUUUAUGGUGGAUACAGCCAUAGCUAGUUUCAAGCUUCAGAUGAAGAAUUCCUAUCAUACAAGCAAAGCCACUUACCUAGAUAAAUGGUUAGAAUUUUUAGUUAAAAACAAAGUCAAGGAAAUAAAUCUUCAAUUGGGUUUUGCCUUUGAUCGUGCUUUGAGUUGUUACAGCUUACCUAUAUCAGUACUCAACACUAGAGAGUUGACUGUUUUAGAGUUGGAUAGGUUAGAUUUGAACACUGCCUAUUCAAUUAGACUUCCAGCAUUGAAAACUUUGUCAUUGAAAAAUGUUUACUUUGAAGAUAAUUUGAAGGAUGAUGCAAUAUUUAAGUUAUUGCUGGGUUGCCCUUCCCUUGAGACAUUGCUGUUAAGUUUGUGUGAUAACUUAGUUCCUCUUGGUUAUCCGCUCUGCUUGCAAAGUUUUAGCCUGAAGUGGCUGAAAAUUAAAUAUCUUGCCUUUGUACCACCUCUUCAAGUCGAAGCCAUAAAUCUUGAAUCUUUGGUAGUAAAUGGAUUCAUCUUUAAAGAUACAAAUCUCUUUGCAUGCAAGAGAAUUAGAAAUCUCUCACUAACUUUUGAUCAUUGUAGUGAAGAAGACCCAUCUAAAUCAUUAGAGUGUCUCAUUUCAACCCUUCCACUCCUUGAGAAUUUGACUUUGAAGGACUGUUACAAAGUGAAGUUAGAGCACAUUAAAAUUUCGAAUCAGCAGUUGAAAAGUUUCAAUUUGAAGAAUAGGUGUACUAAAUAUGAUUAUGGGAUGAACAUUAUAAUUGAAUUUGCUCCAAAAUUAGAAUCCUUCAAUUAUGAAGGCCAUACCAACUUUGGCAUAUCAAUGGAGUCUUCUAAUUUGUUGAAUGGAAAAUUUGUGAUUCAUAAUCUGCAUGAGAACUAUGACGCAAAUGGAUUUAUCAGUAUGAUGAAUUUCCUUUUGAAUCUCAAUUGCUCUUGGAAUAUUGUGACUUUGCAUGUUCCUUCAUUUAAGGUUCUCAUAAUGCCUGAAUAUUUGAAGAGGAUAUGUCACUCUUCUUUACUUAAUUGGAAGCAUCUCAAAAUUAACUCUGAUUGUAAGUUGGUCAAAGAAUCAGACUUAAAAGAUAACUUGUUGCAAAUAUCAUCAUCUUUAGAAACAUUAUAUAUUAAUGAAAAGGACAUAUUUUAGUUGUAACUGCUGAUUAUAAGGAGUAAUGAUUAUUUAUAUUUUUCAUUACUAAUUGUGUCUUUAGACCUUUUGAGUACCUAUUUAGCAGCAUAAAAUAGAAUAAAUUCAAAUGCUUUUCUUGUAUUAAUGUAGAAUUAUAUUAUUAUAUAAUUUAAUAUGUGAAAUUAUACUGAUAGAUUGUAUUUUAAGGUCCCAUUGGUGUAUCAAGGAUAUUUUUAUAAUUU